AUGUCUGAAGUUGCUCCGCCUCUACUGAGAUUCGACAGGCUUCCGGCUGAGCUGAUCGCUCUAAUCAUAUACUAUGCGCAGGUUGCUUGGCGGGACGAACACUUUGCGGCGCAAGCUCCGUACGCCGGAGUGAAGCGAUACGAGGUGUCGCAAUCUCCUACUUCGCCGUCGGACAUACCCUCUUGCUGUAAUGGUGCACGUUGGGAUUUUAGCCGCCCGACCUGCAUACGGUCAGAAUCUGGCAAAGGCCUCCCGCCUUCCCUGCCUUCUCCUGCCCAUACUAUCACGCUGGUCUCGCGAAGACUGCGCGGGGUACUUGAGGGGAAUUCUAAGAUCUGGCAAUUGGACAACACAUUGUACCCAGGAAUCGCGCGCCGCACUGGAGAACACCGUACCGCCUUUCGUGGGAGGACUAUCAUAGUAUACGGAUCGCGUAACCUCAUAGCAUUGGACGUCUGCGCUUGUCUUCUCCGCGGCCUCCAUUCCUUCUACUCUCGUCUCGUGAGCGUCAAGCUCAGGCUGCCGUGGUCCGGCGACCAGAGGCUCGCGACUGAGCUACGACAGUUCCUUCGCGACAACAGAGGUCGCGCGAACAGCCCUCUCCUUAGCUUUGACCUGGAGGCUCUUGACCCAGAUCCUCUUCACGUUCAGAACGGCCGGCGUCGGCGUAUGACCGCGUUCGAGAGUGUAAACCUUCACGUCAGCCGGUUUUCGGGAGGCAAUGUCUACUACUACUCCAAGACGUUGAUCUCCCUGUACCUUCAUCAAGGUUCUGGCACCUCUGUGCUCUUCGGAUCGUCGCUGUCAAUUGGUCUGUCGGCGUGCGCCGCCACGAUCGAGUAUCUGACGAUCGACAUCGACGGAGGCUUUUUAGCCGAUAUCGAGGGCAGCAUCACAUUCCUCAAACUUCGCUACUUCCGGCUUUGCACGGAGCGCCUUUUUGGAGCCCUCUUGCUGGGCAGGCUUGUUCUGCCGUACGCACUCGACCUGCAUCUCGAGCAGGUCGAGUCUUGGAGAGAAUGGUUUACAGCAAAGCACCCAGGAAUAUACGAGGUGCCCUUCUGGCCUUCAGAGCAUGCACCGGCAUGUUUCGAGAGCGACUGGAGCCGGCCCGAGGUGUUUUCUCAAGAUUUAGCAGAACCCCAUCGGACUGGGAUGCACCAUAGCGCCCUUCCCCCAAAUCACACGGCAGGCACCGGUGAUCCAGCCGAAUUGCUCUGGCGGCGCUCCACCGCGGUGAUGGGGCUGGACGUACGCAUCGAUCCGAACACCGGGCCCUCCGGGCCGGCGGCAGCCCGGUUCCCCGAGCUUGUCAAUGUAACGGUGGCCGAGACACUUGAACAACUCCGACCGGUUCUGAUGGACCCGGUGGGUCGCGAUGCCUGCCGAAGCCUGGAACUCGGCGACAAGCUAGCUGCGCGGCGCUCCCUGACGUUCAGAGAUAACCAGCUGUUCCAGCAAGACCGUGAGCGUGACUUCAAUAGUCAGUACCCAAAGGCUUUAUACGACACCCUUCAAUACGUUCUCGCUCUUCUACCCGACGAGAGGGCGCCAGGCUCGGAACGCCGAGUUCACGAGUUCGUAUUCGCGAAGGAUAGCUGGCUGCCAGAUCUCUCUCUGGGAUACCAGCACAUCCUAGCGAGAUUCACGGCGCUCAGAAUACUACACUUCGACAGCCAUCUGCUGGUCCCCAAUGAUCAGCUCAAGCAGAAUAUGGAGGGUUGCAUCGCACCAGCGCAUCUUGACGCGCUCGCCUUAUUCCUGAAUAUGCCAGGAGUCGGCAAUGCUUAUGUCUGCCCUCUCCUGCAAGAAAUUCGGCUUCAAGUGACUCAAGAGACGGUCAUCAAGUGGGGAACACGCGUCGGUGGCUGGAACGUCGCGCUGAAUUCGCCUGGCCGGUUGGCCUCCGGCGCUCGACGCAUUGUGUUGACCGGGCUUCUUGAUUGA